UCUAUAAAAAAAAGUGUGUGUGUGUACAUUUUAUAUUAAAAAAAGGACAGCAAUUUUUGUUUGUUAAUAUUGUUGUUUUUGCAACCGUAUCGUGUGAAAUCAAUCAUAUCGAAUUUCGGAUAAGUCAACCGGCUAGAAAGAAGCGAUAAAAGAUAUUUUGUAUCGAUUUGCGAUGGUGUAAAGCGUGUUUGUAUUGUUUAAAUAUUGUAUUUUGUUUGAAGAGCAGUGCUGUUUGUGUUGGCAAAUUUAUUAUUAUUGUCGAUUCAUUUCAUUUGAGUUCAUUUUACAUCUGAGCUGAAUAGCUAAAAUCCGGUAUUCGGCACAUAAAUUCAUCGACAAAACGAAUGUUAUGUGAAAACAACGUUCGCAUUAAAUCAUUAUGAGUCUACCAUCUAUUCCCAAGGAAAAAACUUCAAAUAAAGUUAGUUUAGUUACAAGACCGAGUGUUACGUUAGUUCAACCAGUGUCAGUGAUUGGUUCAAGUGUUCCGAAGACAAAAUUAAUUUAUGUUCAAUCAAUACAAACAAUUCCACCAUCAACAAAAGCGGAGCACGUUUCUAUCACAACAAAGGUGAAUACACCGAAAUCAUCAAGUCAACCAGUGACAAUUGCUCCCAAAAAACCAAUUUCAAGACCAACAACUAAUCAAUUGAUUGCUGUGCCAUCAACAUCAUCAGCUUCAAAUCGUUUGCAAACAUUUUUACAAUUCAAAGCAUCAAAAGUAACAUCGGCCGUUCCGAGUACACAGAAAUCAUCGACUAUUGUUGGCCAAACUGUAAUCAAUUCGCGACUUCAACCGAAUGAUAAACAUACAAUUUCAAAAAUUGGUCCAAUUCAGGAGAACACAUCUAGUAUCGUCAAUAACAAAUCACUGCAUUUGUCGAAAAUUGAUCCGGUGAAACUUCGGUAUCGUACGAUUUUAGAAAAUUUAUUACAAUUGAAAAACAGUUUCAUAAGACGAACAAUCACACAAGCCAUUCAACAGAAGCUUGCUAAUCAAUCAAACGAAGAUUUGCUUAAUGUCAUAUUCAAAUCAUUCGAAUUGACAUUAUUAUCGGUGAAUAUCGAGCAAAUCUAUUUGAAUGAAACUUAUUUGAAUGCAACGACAGCAUUUCUAGCUAAAGUGAUUGAAACCGGUCGGUAUAUGGAAUUAAUCGAAAAUCGACGAGAAACACAAGAUAUUAAAAGCUUUAUAACAUCUGAAAUGUCAUCGAUACUUAACAAAGUUUCACUAGAAAGUGUUUAUAAAAAUGCCCGCGAGAUUUUCGAAGAGAAGCAACGAGGAUCAUAUGCACAGAUAUUGGAGUUACUCAUAAAGGUGGUCAGUUGCAUAAAAGUGUUGCCUGAAACAAAAAUGACAUCAACUGAAAUUGAGUUUUGGUUGAAAGACGUCUUUCCACUGGCAUUUGAUUCGGAUGAAGAUAUUCAAACAAAUGCAAUUAAAGCAGUGAAAACAGCAAUGCCGAUGUUGCUUGUCUCACAUCACCAUUCAAAUCCACUAUGGGAACAAACACGUUCCAGCAUUCUCAAUGAAUAUACAGUGAAAAUAGGCAACUUCUUCAAACAUGGAAGUCCAAAAUGGUAUAUGACUUGGUGUAUAUGCGUUCGUCUUCUCGACAUCGAUAUUCCACGGAGUGCGCGCACUCUAAACGCCUUUCUUUCCAUAGUUGAACCGGCACUAAGGAGCAAUGUACCAAUUCGACGUGCUGAAGGUUAUCUAUGCUGGCGUGUUUUGCUAGAAGUGUUGGUGCGUCACAAUCGUUUGAAUUCGGAAAAGCGCUUGAAAUUGAUGUGCACACCAUUAAAAUCGUUGCAAGCAAAAACCGUCGAAAUAGCGACAAAUAAAUUUCAAGCGUGGUGGUAUGUAAUAUGCAAUGUGCAGGGAAAUGUUGAUAAUUUUAUAUCGAUGGUGUUUGAGCCAUUUCUUCAUUUUUGCUUUGGUCCAUUAUUAUCGACGCCAAAGCUACUUCUAGAACCAAACGAAGCUUCAACACAAGUUAAGAGCUUUCCAGACGUUUCGUUAAUGGCAAUCGUAACAUUUAUACGCGUUCUUGGUGGAAGCGAUAAACAAAUCGAUGAGUUGUUUACCAAAUUCUCGUUGAAUCAACCAUCGUUUGUGAUUUUAAAUGAAACAAUAUUCAGCAUUCAAUCGACCGCAACGUAUUUAAUAAAUGCAUGCGGCGAAGCGACGCUUAUGUUGAAUCGUUUAAAAAAUAAUGCAAACAAUAAUAUCGAUUGCAUUACAUUGGCAGUUUGUUUAUGGUCACGAAUGUUUAAAUACAUAAAUCAAGCGAAAAAAAUUGAACAUAUCAACCUAAUUUUGGACAACGUUUCACAAUUGCUACGACUUAAUUUACUUAAUCCAUCACAAACAAAAAUGAUUCCAGUCACGUGUUCAUCGAUUCUUGUCGGUCAAAUUGGUGCGUCGUUCCUUUUCGAUCGAAAUGACGGUGAUAUUUUGAGUGAAGAAAAAGUUAAAACGAUUGUUAAACUCAUGAAUACAAUGGUUCAACUACCGAACAUGAAAUCACGACUUGAUGAAUCGUUGGCCAAAUUAUUAAGCGUAUCGCAUCAAGAUGAUAAAGAAUUUGAGAAGAAUUUCACAUUUUUCCUAACCGAAUUCUAUGAACAAUUCAUCCAAAAUGAAGACGAACAAUCAAACGGAUUUCAUGCCAAAAAGUUAACAAUCACUUAUGAGUUCAUUGACUGUAUUCUACAAUAUAUACAAUGCAACGCAGAAAAAGCGAACGAAAUGUACGCGAAAAAUGUGCAUACAUUGCAAGUAUUUUACAAGAUUCUCUAUUGGCCACUGUCACUCUAUUUGCAUCGAAAUGAGUUUGAUGACUAUACGAAAACUUUGCUGAGAGCAACUGACCUAUUAACAACCAUAAUUGGUAAAUUGGAUUUUUGCAAGGAAAGCGCAAAAGCGGUGAAAAAUACCAUUUCCCAUCCCGAUCAUUGUAUCUACGUCAACGAUACCAUUGCUACAUUGUUUGAAUAUAUGGUUUAUGAAUUUGAUGAUUUAAAGAAUGCACCAUUGGAUAUGCUCAACUUAUGUGUAUACGUAAUUAAAAAUGAACAGCAUGAAGGAAAAAAAGUUGUUAAAGGUCUGAAAUCGAUAACUGAAGCUCUUAUCAAGUUUCGUCGUGCGAUUAGUCAAAGUCAAUUUGAAAUUAUAGCACCCAAAUUGUGUGAAAUAGUUCGAUUGAUCGAUGGAGAUAAAAUGAUUGUGCGAGCCGAACCGAGUCUGGUUAAAGAUUUAGUAGAAAUGAUUGGAAAAGAGAAUAAAGUGGAAAAAUCUCCAGCAUUGGCCAACAAAAUGCUACGAUCAAGCAAAAAUAAUCCAGCUGAAUUUGUUGUGGUGAACAAAGUAUGGAAACUAGAGCCGAGCAAAUUGACUGAACAUCAGAAGGAGAAGAUGAAAACACGUCGAUGUGAUAUACCAGCUUUGUAUAAUGACUUGAGUCAGAGUCAGGAUAGCGCCAGCAUUCAAGGAUGGGCACCAAAAGCGCUUGAAAAAACAACAAAAACAGCCGAUGAAGAAAGUAUAAAAUCGGAAUGCAACGAAAACAACGCAGUUGUGAACGAUAACACUGAAUUGCCAGUAGAUACUGUACCGUCAUCACAAACAAAACAAAAAACCGAUAAAGCAUCCAAAACAUCUCCGAAACGUUCAAGUCAAAGUCAAAGCGACAGCGACAGAGAAACAACAGAUGAAACGCAUGUAAAGCGUCGAAUGAAUCGUGAACUGAAUCGUAUUCAAAUCGAUGCAAAAGUUGAGGAAGUGCCUUACAAUAGCCUAUCAGAAAGUAAUCGUCUAACCCGUAGCACAAUAAAGAAAAUCGAAGAAAAACCGGAUACACAUGCAAGGAGAAAGACGCGAUCCGAUAGUGUAAAACCCACCACAGAAAUAAAAGAAACACGAGUCACUCGUACAUCACUAGUACAUUCACCGGUAUCGGUGAAAGCAAAAAACAAAGUUUUAACAACAAAACCACCAGAGAUCGAAGCGUCAAGUGAACCAACAACACCAAAACGACGAUCUACCCGCAACUCUAUAUUGGACACAAACCAGAGAACAGCAGAUACACAAUCCAAUUUAAUUCAAAAGGAUGAAAAGAAAAAGACUGAAUUUAAAGAUACACUUGAAUUGAAAGUAGAAAAGCUACCGACCGAAGAACCAACAGAAUUCGCUGACAAACCGAAAGUUGAAAAUACAAAAGAAGUUAAAGAUGCAGAGCAAGUAACGAAAGAUUCCACGAGUAAUGAAAUAGCUGAAGAGCAAAUGAUAGAAAAACCAACCGAAGAUACUCAACAUCAAAUAAAUGAAAAUAAUGGCACCGAAAUGGAGAUUGAUGAGCCAAUAACUGCAAUGGAGACCGAUGAGAAACAAGAAAAUACGCUUGACACAUUAGCCACACAAUCCAAUGAGUUGAAAGAUGAUAAGAUGGAAGUUGAGGUCGAACAGAAUGCACAAAUACUAGUGGAAACGGAAACCAUAUCAACUCUAUCGAAUGGCAAUUGUUCAAAUAUGGACGAUUUGCCAUCAAAACACGGCGAAACUGAGCAUGAUAGUGAAACGGACGUAGUAAGCCGUUCAUAUAUGAGUGCUCUUGUUUUCGAUGAUACAAACCUAUCAAAAAGUUUAAAUGGAAGUUCAAUUGUAACUUCGCCAGAAAUUGCGGCGCCACGGAGUUUGGAGUUCUUAAGUGACACAAUAAAUAUUUCACCAAUUGCAUCGGCAACGGCAAACGUUGAAAAGACGGCCAGCGUUGAUGAUGGUUUGGAUGAAAUAAAAAAUCCACAAGAGUCCGUGAUUCCAGAAAAUCAAGAAGUGAAUGAAAAAUCAACGACAGAAGAAGAUAGAAAAGAAGAGACCGAAUUGAAAAAAGUCGAAGAAAAUGAUAUCAUCAAAAAUGUAGUUGCACAACGAUUGGCUACAUCUACAAUUGGCGAAUCACCCAUUGCAUCUGGUACAAAGCAAAUUAAAACACAAACACAACUUGCAAUUCAAUCAAGCACCCCAAUUCAAUCUCAUCACAGUCCAGUAUCAUCGAAAUUUAAAACCCCGUUAUCGGGACGUGGUGCACAAUUACUGAAUAUGAUCAAGAGUCCGAAACCUGCAUCACCAACACCAAUGUUAAUGGCGGAAAGUGCGUUUGUUAACAUUUCAAAAACCGCAUCGCCAGCCAUUAAUCAAUUGGAAACGGCACCAAUUUAUGAGCAUGUUGUCAGUACACCAGACACAAAAGCGUCAAAAGAAAAACAAAACGAACGAAAUGAGUUGAAGCCAAAUGAAAAUGGAAACUUUUUAACACUAUCAGGAGCAUUACCAUCGCCAUAUGAAAGUCCUGGCAUCAGUAUUCUAAAGCGAAAGAGCUCAAACAUUUCAAUGGACGAUUCCAUACAAUCGCCGGCGCAUAAGAGAAAGCGUGUUUCUUUUGGUUUUCCAUUAUCACACACAAAAGAGUACAUUAUCGAUGAAGAAUUUACUCCAUUCUAUAUGUUGCCAUCGAACGAUUCACCAUGUCGACGUGCCAAUCGUCUUAAAAAACUAAAAUUGAAACGAAACAAAAAUCAAAAUGACAGUGCCAAAACAGUAGUAGCCACCAACGAUAGUAAAACAUCACAAUUGGCUGAUUCGAAUGCAAUAACGCUUGAAUCAACAUCACACGUUAAGCAGGAAGAUGUGAGUGUGAGUGUGAAACAAAUACGGGAAAUAAUUGGAAUGGAUAGAGACACGUAUCGGGCCAAACAGGAGAAGAAAUUAACUGGUGAUGCCUUAAUAACGGUAAAAACGAAUUCAAACAAUCACGAUUCAAAUAGUGAUGACAGCUCAACGGAGUCAAAUGAAGAUGAACCAAUUGAAACCGUUAAAGUACCAAUUGAAGCAUCAUCACAAUCGCCACAAUUUCCAAAAACCCUUGACGAUUUUUCCGAUGAUGCAAUUUUUUCGCAUCUAUUAUCAAAGUAUUCACCAAACGAUAUUCUCAAAAAGUUUGAUUCGGCAUUCGACGCAAGAGUAUUAACCAAACGGCUAUCUACGAUGAUGACGAACGAUAAACAAAUCGAAACGGUUGUUUUGGAAGAGUUGGCCGAACAACAUUCAGAAUCAUUUUUGGAGAAUGCAAUCACCGAAAAUCUUUGCUCAGUCAUUUGUGAUCGUUUAACAUUGAAAUCACCAAACGCAAUUAUCGAUUACACCACCGAAAAAAUCAAUAUGGAUGAAAAUUUUGCAAGUAAUUUCCUUGAUAAAGUGUCCGUAUCGACAUUACGUCAAAAACUUAUGGACAUUGUGGCCACAAGUAAGCGCGAACAACAUAUAUUACUCGACGAUUUUUUGACGGCUCUUAAGGAAUAUAUUGGAAGCACUCAUCGAAUGUCACCACGUACAAUUGACACCGGCAUUUUACCUGAACACAUUCAUUUGUGGAUAUCAAAGCUGUUCGAUCAGUUUAAAAUCACUCCCGAACAAUAUCUUCAACUAACCAGCAUUUUCAUACAAAGAAACCCACCAGCUUCGCUCGAAAAUUUCGAUUAAUUGCAUAUUCUUUUCGGAUCGAAAAGAGCAAACAACAAUAUUUGUUUCACAUUUUUAAGCGAACAAUCAUGUAAAAAAACAACAACAACAACUAACAACAAAAACUCAAACACUUCAUUACAAAAAUAUUAAUUUGAAAGAGAUUUCAUCGUAUCUAUUGCAUUUUAGCUCGCGAUUUAUUGUCUGAUUAAGUAAGUUCAAAAUUCGGUUGAUAGUAAAUAAUAAUAAUAAAUAAUAAGUUUCAUUUGAUUUAAAAUAAUGAGAAUCCACCUAUUUUGGCCAAGAAAUACACAAACAGGAGAAGAUAAAAAUGUUAAUUUAUUUUUUAAGUCUGAACAAUAAAACAAAACAUUGGAAAAAUUUCAUUUAAAUUAAA